GCAAAAAUUUCUAUGCCAGUCGUUCCCAUGUUGUGACAGUACGCAAGUUCUUUUGAACGAAAACAUCUUCAUAGAAAGACAGAAAGCUCUUGUUCAAUGGUUGAAAGAUGGAGAACAAAUAUUAGAAAAAUCGAAUAAAUUGUUUCAUUUAUUUCAAUUCUCUGUAUACACUUAUUUUUCAACCCGCAUACUGUAAUCUGUAUUCCAUGUCUAUUCAGAGUUACUGCACUCUAUAGUCGUUACUUGCUACUUUUCCCUCUCUUUUUACUUGAAUAACUCUUUUACAUUUCUCUUGGUUCUUUUUCGAAUUCUUUGAUGAUGAGUUUAUGUUGCUAUACGAUUUAUGUUCUUUGCGAGGAAAAAACAAAUGUUUAUGAAUGAAUGACUGACUAUGCGAUUUCUAGAACAAUAUAUCUUACUUUCUGAUUAUCGAGCUAAAAUACUUUUAGUCUCACUUAAUCUGCCUUCUUGGCUUUACGAGAAUACAGAGAAUUAAUGAAUCCUUUUCGUUUUAAGCGACCAAAAGUAUAUAGUAAUCUAUAUGGAAUCAAUAUCGGAGCUAGCAUGAGUUAUAAAUUUUAAUAUAUUAGCGUUUUUGGAUAUGAAAAGCAUCAGAACUGAAGUAAGUCUAUUCGAAGACACUUUUUUAAACGGGUUCCAAGCUAAAAUGCAUCUAUAUAUUUAUUUAUAAUACGCGAAAAUAUAUAGAGGUUAAUCUUUUUCUUUAUGUUUAAUUUAGGUAAACCAAAAUUAAUUAAUCUCUCUAUUGUUAGCAUACCAGCCCUCUCUUACAAAUGUGACAAAUGAAGGCAUGUGGGCUAACCUCGGUUUUUACUUAAUCUUUUCUUUGACAGUUUUUAAUGUUUCGGUGAAUCAAACACGUUAUAAGGUGUGUUAGAACCGCUCUUUUUGUUUUGUGAAUUUGAAACAGAGCUCUGCACUUCUAUUGAUCGAGUGCUAGACAAUGAAUACUUUACGAUCGUUUAGAAGACUUUUUGGUUCCACUUCUGAAGAAUUUGAUGGAAAUUCAAACAAUAUACUAUUACCUAGACAGGAAUCUAGCUCAUUGUCGCAAACGUCUUUCACGACUUCGGAGGAAUCGAAUCCUCAAUGCUUUGAGAAUUUAAUUAAAGCUCAGGUACUUUCUUCAGAAGCUUCCAGAGGUCUAUUAUCCUUGAAUGAUAAUAUAAAGCUGGAAAUUCUCAAUAGUCUGAAUGAAAGAAACAAACAUAAACGGAGUCGGAUAUUAUCGUGGAAGAAAAAGAAGACGUCGUACAGCGAACCGAUUGAUUUUAUUUCUUAUAUCGUUAAUACUUCAAUUGAUUCUAUGGAUGAAACUAUAAUACAUAAGUUGGCUCUUUUACUUCGAAAAGAACAGAUCUUGUGGGUUACAUGUUUUAUCCAUUAUGGAGGAUUCGGUGUUAUACUCUCCAUGAUAGAAAAGAUUUCAAGAAUUGAAUGGAGAGAAAACUUACAUGAUAUCCUUUUAGAUCAAUUUCUUCUUUGCCUCAAAGCUAUGUGCACAGUCCAUUUUGGCUUAGAAUGCUUAUUACGGUCCUCUUAUCAUGUCCAGCAACUUGUCCAACUUCUGUUUUCCAAGAAGCAGCCUUCUGACUUCGCUACUCGAGAAGUCAUCAUUCAAAUAAUUAAUUUAUACCUUAAGGCACAUACUAAUAGAGAAAUCGGUGCUAAAAAAGUAUUUUCCUUUUUCGAAGACUCAGAAGAAGAAACUGAAGAAGUUGAUUUUAUAAAGGAAGCCCGCGUGAAACGACCAUACAGAAGAUGGAUAAUUGAAUUAGAAUAUAUUGCAAAGAACGUAUUUUGGGUUUGGAAUCAUGACGGGAAUAUCAUUGACUUGGAGUCUGAUCUGAACGAAUUCUAUGAUCCUCCACUUGGGUUUAUUGAGGGCAUCGAGACAGAAGCAACUAGUUACGUUGCCUCGCACAUUCAACUAUCUAAUGAUUUAUUAGCUUCAUUAGAUAAAAAAGAUCGGAUGCAAAAGCGUCUUGAAUUACAAUUUAGUGGAUUAGAGAGAAUUAUGGCAUUGAGAUUUCGAAAAAGCAGUCAAAAGUUUCAUAAAAAGCUUCAUGAUUCUUUACGUGAGUGGGUAAAAGCUGCUCGAGCCGACAAAUGGCCUUACAAAUUUGUCCAAACGGGUUCUACCUAAGAUAGUCUAAGUUUUAUUUAUUAAGCUGUAAUGAUUCUAUGCAUACAUAUCUGAACGCUCCGUAUACAAGUGUUCUGUACAUUCCCUUUUUUUUCCAAAAAAAAAAAAAAAAAAAAAUCCUUCAUUUUUUAGUUUACCCCUAAAUAUUGAUUUCGUUUUACUUAAGCA